UGGGGCUGAUUUGACUUGUCGCCGACCCAGAUUUUAGAUCGUCAUAACGUUUGUCGAUUUGCGUUCGAACUCGGAGUCGGAUUUUAAGAAAGUUUAUAUUUCUGUGUGGAUGAUAAAACAUACUGAAAGUUGAGUGAACAUCACAAUGUCUUAAUUGUUGCCCCACAGCAGAUAAAUAAAGGUGGUGCAUCACCAUUUGUUAUCCAGUAACUAAACAGGUGAAUAGGGGCACACAUUGUAGGGCGGGGAGUCCAGGAGGCCGCGGACAAGGCCAAGCAAUACAGCACAAUGUUACCAGAGCGACAAGCCAAGGUAGAACAGCUGAUCCGAAUCAUGGACCACGAGGGACCGGGCGGGCCGUACGAACAGGAGUACUGUAUCUGCCGAUCUAAAGACUGCAGUCGAUUCAUGAUUGGCUGUGACAACUGCGAGGAGUGGUACCAUGGGGACUGUAUCGGCGUCACCCAGAAAGACGCAGAGCUCAUCAAACAUUUCUACUGUACGUCUUGUCGAGAACAAGAUGCCAGUCUAGAAAUUAAAUACAAACACAAGAAAAGUUCUAAAGAGAAGCAUUCAUCCCAUAAACAUUCAUCUGAAAGAGAGUUCCGAAGCAGAGAGGAUUCUAGCAGCAAGAAGAAAUCGUCCAGGCGUUGUGGUGAAUGCACGGCUUGUCACAGAACUGAGGACUGUGCUCGGUGUGACUAUUGUAAAGACAUGAAGAAGUUCGGAGGACCAAACAAGAUCAGGCAGAAAUGCAGACUGCGGCAGUGUCUCAACUUUGGUUUAAAUAUGACGAGCAAAAGAACCAACCUGGAUAAACAAGAAUGUACACUGACCACAGAAACCGAGUCCAUCAGAACGGAGUAUUUCAGUGGAGUUCGUGAUGAAGACGACGACUAUAUGGAUGUUGAUGAUGAUCCGGACUAUGGCUCGGAAAACAUCGAAAAAUCUCCAAAGGGUAAGAGAGGGAGGAAAAAAAGUGUAUCAGAGAGUGGAUCAGCGAAAAAGAAAUAUAAAAAACGAGGACGCAAGCACUCGCCAGACAAAAAAACAAAGAGAGCCAAAGAGAAUGCAUCUGAAUUGAAGAGAAAGAGGUCCGAAAUAGAGGAUGUCCGUGAGAUUGAGAUAGACGAGCCUCGUCAAUGUUUUGGGCCUGGGUGUAUCGAGGCUGCAAGACCUAACUCCAAAUACUGUUCAGAUGACUGUGGCAUUAAACUAGCCAAAAGUCGGAUAUACGAGCUCCUGCCUCCCAAGAUCCAGCAAUGGCAGAGCAGUCCCUGUGUCACGGAGGAGACCAACAAGAAGAUGCUGGAGAAAAUCCGACGUGAGCAGCUGGAGUGUCAUCAGAGACUGGCCGAACUCGACGUCCGGCAUCAGGAACUGGACGGGAUUAUAGACAGGGCGAGAAACGUCACCAUCGCCCCAGAGCAGGAUGAGAAGGACAAUGAAGACGAUUUGGAGCUGAGUUUGUACUGUGUCACGUGUGGGGCAGAAUUAAAUCAGAAGGGAGCCUUACGACACAUGGAGAAGUGCUUCUCAAAGUCUGAGGCCCAGACUUCCUUUGGCUCUAUCUACAAGACGAGGAUCGAGGGGAACUCCAUGUUCUGUGACUAUUAUAAUGCUCAGCAGAAGGUGUACUGUAAGAGACUGAAAGUCCUGUGUCCGGAGCACACCAAGGAACCAAAGGUUGGACCGGAGGAGGUCUGUGGUUGCCCUAUCGUUGUGGAUGUUUUCAUUGAAACGGGUGAAAUCUGCAGAGCACCGAAGAAAAAGUGCAAUAAACAUUACUGCUGGGAGAAAUUACGACGGGCAGAAAUUGACAUGGAGAGGGUCAGACAGUGGUUAAAGCUGGAUGACCUGUUCGAACAGGAGAGAAAUAUUCGUGUUUCCAUGGCAAACCGAGUGGGAGUCCUGGGGCUGAUGCUCCACCAAACAGUAGAUCACGAUCCAAUGAAUCCAAUCCGCCCUCCAAACAUGGAGUAGCACUCCAGUUGAAUUCAGGAAUGUGUUCUGUUCUUUGUCGACAUGUAAAUGGCACGGCUAAUAACAGAUCCCUGUAUGAUGCCAAUGUCUCUUUUUACAUGAAUACGUAUUUAUAUUAUUAAAGUUAUUGUUGCGUUUUAUCUUCAAAAAUAAAGGAAACCAUAAUCAAUCCUUGGUGUAUAUUUUUUAAAUGUAAUUUUCAAUAUUUGUACAUAAACUACAUGUAUACGUUCAUUGUCUUAUUCCAUCAUGUCCAUUAAAAUUCAUUGAAAUCUA